UUCAAUAACCAAACACAAACUCUCAAGUUAAAACUCAUCAAUAAGAGAUUGCUUGAAGCUAAACCCAAACAGAUGCUUUAAGUUUAGUACUCAAAAGACAGCAUAACACUUCAACAAGUUUGCUUUCAAGGAAUAUAAUAAAGAGAAGCAUAUAAAUAAGUGUGUUUCUUGCACCUGUGGCUCAAGAUACAAGUCAUGGAUUCCUCCAAAACCAAGUUCUUCCUACUAGUAGUCCUCCUCUCCAUGUUCCUCAUAACAUGCAUGGCUUUCCCAGCUGACUUCUCAAUCAUGGGAUAUUCAGAGGAUGAUUUAAAAUCCCAGGAAAGUCUCAUUGAUCUAUUUGAGUCCUGGAUGGCUAAACACAGCAGGAUUUAUUCAGGCAUUGAGGAGAAACUUAGAAGGUUUGAGAUAUUCAAGGCCAACCUCAAACACAUAGAUGAGAAGAACAAGAUGAUCAGCAACUACUGGCUUGGAUUGAAUGAGUUUGCAGACUUGAGCCAUGAAGAGUUCAAGAACAAGUAUCUUGGUUUGAUGAAGACAAAGAGGGAUGCCACUUCCACUUUCAUGUAUGAAAAUGCUGCCAACCUUCCCAAAUCUGUGGAUUGGAGAAAGAAGGGUGCAGUUACUCAUGUCAAGAAUCAAGGAGCAUGCGGUAGUUGUUGGGCUUUCUCAACAGUGGCAGCAGUGGAGGGAAUAAACAAAAUUGUAACAGGGAACCUAACAUCUCUGUCUGAGCAAGAGCUGAUUGACUGUGAUAAACCAGAUAACAAUGGAUGCAAUGGAGGUUUGAUGGACUAUGUCUUUUCCUUCAUUGUCUCCAAUGGUGGACUUCACACUGAGAAGGAAUACCCUUAUCUCAUGGAAGAAGGCACUUGCAACAAGAAGAAGGGUGAGCUACAAGUAGUGACUAUUAGUGGCUAUCAAGAUGUGCCAGAAAACAAUGAAGAGAGUCUAUUGAAAGCACUGGCUCACCAGCCAGUCAGUGUUGCCAUAGAGGCUUCUGGCCAAGACUUUCAGUUCUAUAGAGGGGGUAUCUUUGAUGGUGAUUGUGGGAGUGAAUUGGAUCACGGAGUAACAGCAGUAGGGUAUGGAACAAGCAAGGGCCAUGACUACAUCAUAGUGAAAAAUUCAUGGGGACCAGACUGGGGAGAGAAGGGAUACAUAAGGAUGAAAAGGAACACCAAAAAAGCUGAAGGGCAAUGUGGCAUAAACAAAAUGGCAUCUUACCCUACAAAAAAGAAGUGAAAGAGUGUUUUCAUUAAGCUAAAACUACAAUAAGAAACAUGUGAGCUAUUCUAAAACAAA